AUGCCAGAAUCGCCAAAAAAAGCUCGGAAAAAGUCAAAAUCGCGAUCGCCAAGUCGUCACAAUGGCACAGCCAAGAAGCCUACAUCCUCUCAACUUACCACAACAACACCAGCCGUAGCCAAACGAAUUCGAGUCUACCGUAACGGCGACAAGUUUCACAAAGGUAUCGUAGUCGUACUGAACAUACGACACAUACAUGACAUCAAUGCACUACUGGAUGCGAUUAGUGAACGGGUGGGGCUGGUUGGUGGAGCCAAGAAGCUGUACACUAUUAAUGGUACACUUGUGAAGACGACUAAUGAGUUGGAGAAUAAUCAUGAGUAUGUAGCCAGCUCUGGAGGGUUUAUGGCUGUACCUUAUGGUCAAGCUUAUCGGGAUGAACAGGUGGCUAGACUGCCUAGGAAGGAGUAUUCUGGACUGAGUUUGGCUUCAAGGUAAGAUUUGUGUUUUAAAUGGUAGGGUAGAUUUGGUUCUGGGGAAGUGGAAUGGGUUACUUUUAGGGCAGGGUAAAUUUGUUAGGUUAGGGGUAGAUAUUUUGGGUGGGGUAAAUUUUAUAAUGCUAGACGUGGUGGACUAUUUUUGGCAGGGUGAAGUAAAAUUGGUUAUUUUUAGGGUAGGGUAAAUUUGUGAGGUUAGGGGGAGGAGGUGUUUUUUUGGGUGGGGUAAUGUGUUAUACAUAACUUGUAGGGCAUGCCUAGGAAUAAUAGGGUAGAGUAGGGUAUGGUAGGGUAGGGUAGGGUAGGGUAGAGUAGGGUAGGGUAGGGUAGGGUAGGGUAGGGUAGGGUAGGGUAGGGUAGGGUAGGGUAGGGUAGGGUAGGGUAGGGUAGGGUAAGGUAGGGUAGGGUAGGGUAGGGUAGGGUAGGGUAGGGUAGGGUAGGGUAGGGUAGGGUAGGGUAGGGUAGGGUAGGGUAGGGCAGCGCAGCGCAGGGUAGGGUAGGGUAGGAUAGGGUAGGGUAGGGUAGGGUAGGGAGAAAUUGCAAAGAUAGCCUCGAAGUAAUUUGUUGGGUCGUUUUACACCGAGCCGAAUGUUACAGUAUUACGUUAAAAAACCUGAUGUAACGCACUUUUUUGCAAUUUCUCUAAGGCUAUGACGUUACAUGAUUAGUUUAUGUAAUCUAUUAUACAAAAAUGUUUAUGUAAUAGUCAGAAUUCGGCUUAACUCAGCUAGCUGCAGAAUGGUUACGAAUCCGCGAGUUCGGAACUGAACCGCAGCUCAAAUGUUAGAACAGCCGAAGGUUGAAGCGGAGCCGUAGCUUGUCAAAAGUUUUUGAGCUCUGGAGCGCAAAGCCGAAGCCAAAACUAAUUUUUGAAAGUUUGUAGUCCGAAGCGAAGCUGGAGCUUAAAAAAAUUAAAAAAAGCAAACCCCUGGUAGUAUUCGAUUAGCUAGAACUGGGGUGAAAGCUCUGGGUUAGGGCUCUUAGCCGGGCUGUGGGUUGUGGCUAUAGGGCAAAGGUAAGGCAAGAGUACAACAAAGAUAGCACGAAUGUAUGGCAAGGUAGGAUGAAAUAGAAGCAUCAAAAUCUGGGGCUUUGGGCUAGGGUUCUGGGCUAGGGCUCUGGGCUAGGGCUAAAACCUGGAAUUUGGGCUCUGAGCUCUGGGCUAGAACUAGAGUUAGGCUAGAGUAACUUUAAAAUUUCAGAACGUCCAAAUCCAGCCUGCCGAGUCGAUCCAAAUCGACCAACGAGCUUCGGUCGACUUCUCGUGAUGUUACAGUACAAAGUGUGUCGACUGUUGGUGAGAGUCCUAAGCCUAAGAAACGGGCUAAAAGCUUAACAACCAAGAAGGUACAUGCUAAGACAGUACCAAAACCUGAUGGUACUGAAAUUGUGGUUGAAGGAAAACAAAAGAAAAUACAGUAAGUUAUUGAGUACUGUACAGUAAGCUUUGUUUUACUGUAUGAAUGGUUACGUUUUAUGUUUUUACAGUACGACAAGGUUACUGUAACUUCAAAAAAUAACAUUUUUUCAGCAAAAAGCCGGAGGCGACAGAAAAAAAAGAAGAAAAAGAUAGUCAAAAAAGUCAAAAAACCAAAGAAAGAAGAACCAAACGAGCCCCAUGUGGUACCAGUACCACUACCUGAACUAGCCUUGGAACGGCCUGUGUCACGGCACAGUACACGCUCAGCACAUUCGGCUCAAAAUGGAGUACGACGGGCAUCACGAGUAUCACAACAUUCAGAUGAAGUUAUAUCGGAUGGCGUGCACGAUACUACUACAGUACGAGAGAGCACAUUUGAGCACGGUACUCAAUACAGUAGGCCUAAUACUGGACAUAGUGCUAGGUCACAUGGUACUGGUCAUAGUCGACCUGGUAGUGGACAUAGUCACCGUACUGAGCAUAGUACUCACUCUCGCACCGACCACAGUCGGCCAAGCACUGGCGAUAAUACUGAUCGUACGGAGCACAGUACUCAUUCUCAUGUUGAACAUAGUACUCAUGAUCGUCCUGGUACUAAAAACAGUACUCAUAGUCUUACUCGCGUUGAGCGUAGUACUCAUCAUCGACCCGGUACUAACCAUAGUACUCAUGAGCACAGUACUCACAGUCGUACUCAACGUACUGAAAGUACUCGUAAUGAAGAAAAUCACGAUGCUGAUACUGAAAAUGAUGUCAUUUCUGAUAUUAGUGAGGAUGAACAUGGCCAUGUUAGCGAAGUUAGUCAAAGAACCGGUUCGGCUGAUAGUCGGCAUCAUAGUCAGGCUAGUGGACCACAUAGAGAUGUGCCAUUGGAGGCAUUGUAA